GGUGGCAGCCUAGUAUUAUAACUGUUUCUGGGACGCGCACAAUUUCUGGUGGGAAAAUUAUGUUAAGGCGCGAACUACAGACAAUUAAGCUAAAGCUGUCCGAUUUGGAGGAGUAUGAAGUAAUACGUAGACGUAAAAAGACAAAUGAAGCAAUUGAAGCUGGGAGGGCAUCAUCGGUGACAGUGACAGCCACCGAAACGGCUCCAUCGACUGCCAGCAGUUCGUCAUCAUCCGAGACGGAGGCAACCCAACGACGGCUAGAAAGAGAGCGCGCUAACAUGCCCGGAUGGACGCAAGCAACAAUUGCUGAUAGCAACACCAACUCUGGCUCCACCGAAGACUCCACUAGCGUGCAAGCUGUCGUUGAUGAAAGCGACACUAUUGCUGAGCUUAGCGACGACGGCUGGGUGGAUAUUGACGAAGAAGAUGAAGACGAACAAGAACAAGAACAGGAACAAGAAGAGGAAGAAGGCGCCGUGGGUGGCGAGCUAUAAUUUACCAUGGACAAGAGACAAGAGCAAGCGACUGCCGUACAAUUUCAGCACAUAUGUAUAUUUUUCACACAUUUCAUAAAUAACUUAAAUUCUACAUCAUAUAAAUGUACUCCUAAAUGUCAUAUGAUCAGAUAAAAUGUAAUUAACUAAAUUAAUAUAGCCAUGUGUAUGUA